CAAUGUCGCUGGGGCAGCGCCUGGCCCGGCUGGCCGGCUGGCUGCAGGAGCCGCAGAAGGUGGCCCGCUUCCAGCGGCUGUGCGGCGUGCAGGCGCCGCAGAACAGCGAAGCUGAGCCGGGAGGCUGUGGCGCCCCCGGCCGGAAGCCCCAGCCCCCCAGCNNNCCCCCACCCCCACCCCAACCCGGGGACGGUGGCGGCGCCUCCAAUGGCGUGCGCAACAGGCUUGCGGCUGAGCGUGGCCCGGGCGCGGCAUGGCUGAGGGGCGCUCAGCGCCGCAGCUCGCAGACGGGCGAGGAGGGCGAGCCGGCGCGCGUGAGCAACUGGCCGCUCUACUACCUGUUCUGCCUGAGCACCGAGCUGGGCAACGAGCUCUUCUACAUACUCUUCUUCCUCUUCCGGAUCUGGAACCUGGACCCCCUGGUGGGCCGCAGGCUGGUGAUCAUCUGGGUGAUGGUCAUGUACCUGGGCCAGUGCACCAAGGACGUGAUCCGCUGGCCGCGGCCCGCCUCGCUGCCCCUGGUCAAGCUGGAGGUGCUGUACAACUCCGAGUACGGCCUGCCCUCUACCCACGCCAUGUCCGGCACCACCAUCCCCAUCACCCUGGUCCUGCUCACCUACGGCCGCUGGCAGUACCCUCUGCUGUACGGCCAGGUGCUCAUUCCCUGCUGGAGCUUGCUGGUGUGCCUGAGCAGGAUGUAUAUGGGCAUGCACUCCCUGCUGGACAUUAUUGCUGGCUUCCUAUACACCAUUUUAAUCUUGGCUGUCUUCUAUCCGUUUGAGGACCUGAUUGACAACUUCAACCAAACUCACAAAUAUGCUCCAUUGAUCAUCAUUGGGCUCCAUUUAGCUUUGGGGAUCUUAUCUUUCACUCUGGACACCUGGAGCAGAUCCCAAGGAGACAUAGCCCAGAUUCUAGGAAGUGGUGCUGGAAUUGCAUGUGGAUCUCAUGUUACUCACAGCAUGGCUCUAAUAUUAGAUCCUUCUCCAGACAUUUUACCUCUGCCUACCCCUCCCAUUACUCUGACUGUCUUUGCAAAAGCCAUAUUGCGGGUCCUCACAGGAUUGGGAGUUGUACUCAUAGUUAGAAAUAUAAUGAAAAAGAUCACCAUUCCUUUGGCCUGUAAAAUCUUUAAAAUACCUUGUGAUGAUAUUCGAAAAGCAAGACAGCAUAUGGAAGUUGAACUUCCUUAUCAAUAUAUUACCUAUGGAAUGGUUGGUUUCUCUAUCACAUUUUUAGUUCCCUACAUAUUUUUGUUUAUUGGUAUCUCUUGAUGGGGAAAUAUUGUUUAUAAUAAGAAAGGAGAAUAUCAGUUACUGACAUCUAAAAAUAUACUGUAAGUAAAAGGUCAGAGUUAGGCUUUGGCAAGUAAAUUCUUAAGAGUCAGUACAUUUUACCAUUGCACAUCCAGGCAUUGUUUUAGGUAGGCUGAUCUAUUUAACACUGAGAAAAUGCUAAGUUUCCAUUUAGAAUGUUCAUAUGUUUGGAGAGUUUUGUGCUUUUAUGGAUUCAAGUUAUAUAGAUAAUAUAUAUUAAGGUACAUAAUAUGCAAUGAUAUAUCUAAUAUAUGUUAUAUAUAAAAUAAUAUACCUAAGUUUUUUUAAACAGUAGGGUGCGUAUUAUAAAAUCAAGAAUAAUAGGCAAACAAUUGUGCCUGUGUAUUUGGAAUUAAUACAGGUAUGUUGUUACUAACAAGUAAUG